AUGACUCACCUGCGGAUGGGCGAGCAAGGGUCGGCGACCGAUUACUGCAAUCGGGCUCAGCGACUGCUUGCCACCAUGAGGAUGGCCGGCGUGCAGUACUCCACGGCGUUCUACGUUACGCACGUCCAGAUGGGGCUCCCGAUCAGCUACAACCUGAUGAAGCAUUUGAUGGUGGCGUUGGGCACAAGGAAGACGCUCAACGAGGACUCGCUAACCUCGUUCAUCCUCCAAGACGAGGCGAUGCAGGAGGCUGAGCGGUCCAUGGAGCUCCUGCCACAGGCAAAUUGCACCACCCCGACGAAGCAAGGAAGCCGAUCGGGGCAGCACGGCAAGCCAUGCGGCAGUGGUAGCGGAGGUGGGAAGCCGGCGAAGGACGCUAGCAAGAAGAAGUCGGCCAAGGACAGCGGUCGUGGCCUGACCAUCUCUCCUUCGAGUGCCCCGACCGUAGCGACUCUGACGACGACAAAACAAGGAGAGGUCGAGGCAGUUCGGCUGGGCGUAGCCCUUGUCGAGAGAGCAAGUCGCACAAGGAUAAGCAGUCGACCAAGGCGUCGACCUCGGCAAAGGACGUCGACCUCGGCGAAGGACGCCGACUCCUCUGCUGGUGGCAAAGGGCGAGGCGACAAGGAGGCAUCAUGCACCCUGGUGGGCAUCAUGGAGCCAACCGUCUCGCUGGCGCCGAAGGGCGGCGAGGAUUUACAGGUGGUGGCAGCGGCAGUGGUCCUGCUCGACAGCGGUUGUUUGCAGCACCUGAUGGGGACAAAAGAGGCCUUCGUCGACUUGGAGUCAAGCGGCGACGUAAAGCACAUACGCGGCUUCAAUGGGGCGCUGCAGAGCGUUUGCGGGCGUGGCACCGUCACUCUACAAGGGGACACCAGGAAGCAGGUGCUCAUCCCCGACAUUCUCUACGUCCCGGGUGUGCAGGCGAACCUGCUUUCGGCUGGCCAACUGAAGGAGAGUGGCGUGAAGCUGCAGGAUGACGGCGACGAGACGCUACUCAUCUCGGCGGCGGGGAAUGUGCUCGGCCAGGCAACGUACACCGGCCGGGUCCUCUGCACCGACCUGCAUCCCUGCUCGGCGUCAAACGCGGCGGAGGUAGUGGCCUUGCAGACGACCGUCUCGGCGACGAAGUGGACGCUGGACAGGCUGCAUGCGAGGCUCAUGCACGUUAGCAUAGACAACAUCCGAAGCUCGGCGAAGCACGAGGUGGCUGCCAAGGAUGGCGGCUUAUACUUCCUGCUGCUGAAGGACCGCAAGACCCGCUACGUGUGGCUGAGGCUGGUCGCGAAGAAGUCUGAUGUGCUGCGGGAGUUCCAAGAGUGGCUGGUGACGGUUGAGCGCCAGGCUAAGAAGUUGGUAUUGAUGCUGCGCUCUGACCGGGGAGGGGAGUUCCUCGGCAAGGAGUUCACCGCCUUCGUGGACGGCAAGGGGAUCGUCCACGACUUGACCUGCCCCUACACUUCGUAG